AAAUUAUAUUCAACCGAACUAUUAUUUUCUCAACUCAUCUACGUGACCAAAGUAAACAGCUGUAACCAAAUCGUCUUGUCAAUAUUGUCGUCUGUUUCGUUAAUGACACGUAGGCGGGGCUCGCGCGUGUGACGUCAUCGGGAACUGAAGCAGACGACAUUUAGCAAAAACAUAUCUGCGAAGUCUUUGAAGCCAUGGGGUCUGUUUGUAUCGGCAAAGUGAAAUUUCCGUGUGUGCUUUUGGUUUUGCAAGUGGUGUUUAUAGCGCUGUUUGCCAUAACCGUGGAUUACGAUGGCUCGGCUCAUGCAACACGUGGACGCAGCCCUGUGUCGAGAGCAAAACAUGGAAACAGUUCUCAACCUGCCAGCGAACCCGUGUCUGAAGGAUCACCACAUGAACAGCCAUUGCCGGACUUCUACCCAAUGUUCCAGGAUGUGCACGUCAUGAUCUUCAUCGGUUUCGGCUUCCUGAUGACGUUCCUGAAGCGGUACGGCUACGGCGCCGUGGGCAUCAACUUCCUCCUCGCCGCCAUCGUCAUCCAGUGGGCGACUCUCUGUGGGGGGUACUUCCACAGCCACGGCGGCAAGAUCGAGGUCUCCAUCGAGUCCAUGUUGACUGCCGACUUCGCAGCCGCCGCCGUCCUCAUCUCCUUCGGUGCCGUGUUGGGGAAGGCGAGUCCGCUGCAGCUGGUGCUGAUAGCCAUCAUAGAGAUCGUCUUCUUCUCGGCCAACGAGUGGGUUGGCGUCACGAUGUUUCGGGUGGUCGAUGUGGGCGGGUCCAUGUUUGUCCACGCCUUCGGAGCUUACUUCGGCCUGACCAUUGCCAGAGUCUUGUACUCUGAAGACAUCGAGAGGUCAACAAAAGAGGGAUCGGUGUACCAUUCCGACCUCUUCUCCAUGAUUGGUACCGUCUUCUUGUGGUUGUUCUGGCCGAGUUUCAACAGCGCUCUCGCCCCGGGCGACGACCAGCACCGCGCCGUCCUCAACACGUACUUCGCCCUCGCCUCCUGCUGCGUCGUCACAUUCGCCAUCUCCGUACUGGUGGACGAGAAGGGCAAGCUGGACAUGGUACACAUACAGAACGCCACGCUGGCAGGAGGUGUGGCAGUGGGAACAAGUGCGGACAUGAUGAUCGGACCAUACGGAGCACUCAUCAUCGGGUCCGUCGCCGGGAUGCUGUCCACAGUCGGAUACAAGUACAUCACGCCGUUCCUGUCGUCAAAGCUGAAACUUCAUGACACGUGUGGAGUGAACAACCUGCACGGCAUGCCCGCCAUCAUGGCCGGAAUUGCCGGCGCCAUCGCUGCCCUCGUCGCCGACUUCGAUAAAUAUGGAUACAGUCUGUACGAACAGUUCCCCGCCCGAGUGCCACUCGCUAACACAACAGAGUACGCUGAGAUCAAAAGGAUCGUGCAUGUCACCCCCGGGCUGGGCAGGUCGGCUGGGGAGCAGGCAGGGUAUCAGGUGCUUGCCCUGACUGUCACCAUCGUCGUCGCCAUUGUUGGUGGUCUGAUCACAGGACUCAUUGUCCGCUGCGUGCCGGGCCUGGGCCAGCUGAAGGCCCACCAUCUGUUUGAGGACGAGUCCGUGUGGAAUACCCCGGAUGAGGAAGACCCCUCGCCCAGACAGGAAAUGACGACAUUCGGCAAGAAGAACAUUAUUAACGAGAGUGGUGCCCCCUUGAUGGCCGGGGACAGGACGAAUGGAACGAACGCAUAAUGCUCAUAUCUUUCCCAAUUUUAGGGAGUGAUAAAGGUUUAAGUCUUCGAUUUAUUGUUUAGCAACCGAUGGACAUGGUGCAUUCUGUAAGGGGAGAAUAAUAAAAGGGAGUGAACACUCAUAUCUGGACAUGCUGAACAAACGCUUGUCAGGACGUAGAUGUUUGCUCACAGGAUAGAAUUAACAUGCUGAAUCAGUGUUCCAUGUCGGAAUAUACCCGCAUCCCCAAGACGUAAUUGUGAAAAUGUUGAUUAUGCACAAAGAGAUUACCAGAAGGAUUAACACGGAAGUCAUAUAGCAGAGCUCAAUAGAAGUUUGGCACCAACAUCAGUUCAUCUUUAAGGGAUUUUUUUUUUUUAUCUGAGGCGAUGUUUACUGUAUGUUAUUUCGUUUUACCCUCGACAAUGGUUUUAUUUUCAAAGGUAUUGAAACACAAUUCAUAUGAUUAUGAGAAAAUGUUACCUAUGCCUAAACGCCGUAUUUGAAACCCUUAAAAAUAGAUUUUGUCAGCAACUUUCUGACUUGUUAACCUCGAAGUGCAAACAGGGGAAUUAAGACAUGUCUGACAUCGAAUAUCCCUAAUUUAUAAAAUUGUUGUGAAUCAUCAAAGCUGUGAUGGGUAACUUGAAUGAGUGUUCGUAUGUUCCAAGAAAACGGGUGCUCCAAUAGUCUAAGGUAGUUCGCUGUGCUGUGUUGUCCUCUAAGCUGGGUACCCAUGUGUUUCUGUUACCAGAUGCACCCUCGUGAUGUUUCUAGGUUUGUCAGCACCGAGCCUGUGCUUGUGGGUUUCACCAAAUGGGUAAUCACUUCAGGGUUUCCUCCAAAAUCAAGCUGACACGCCAUGAUAUAACUGAAUUAAUGUUGAAGGCCGCGACAAACGGUGCCGACAGAUCCGAAGGUUGGUAAGAUAUUAGUUCUGUAAGGCCAACAUCAAAUUGACACUCUGAAACUGGUGUACUGUUCAAAGCGACUUAACCCAGCCGACUCUCUUUUGCGAUAGGACGCCUGUAGCAGUGUACAUUCAUUGACUGGUUACAUCUGUGACAGGGGGUGCCUGACAUUCCCAAAGGUUUGGUUCGAUGUAAGCUUGACCUCAGUCCCGCUGAGUUUGGUCUUUACUUCCAUUUCGUAUCGUUUUCUCUUCGCCUGCUGCCAAAAUGCAGGUGCAUUCCGCCAUCUUCGCCCAUCUCGCCAUAUUGCUCCAUGUAAACACGCUAAAACACUCAUUCAUCCAUAAAAUCACUUCAGCGUUCAAAUUGUCAUGUAGGGUUAGCAUCCGGGCACUACCUGAAAAGCUAUUAUCUUUCAUCUGGGCGCAAUGUUUAUUUUUUUUUAUCAAAACUGACAAACACGAUCCAACAUUGUUAUUGGGUUUUAAUUCGCAUAUACAAAAAAACAUAUUAUCCUGAUGACUAUUCGAUGUAGGUGACAGAUGAUGUAUGUAUACUGAUCAACAUAAAUAAUUGGACAAAUGUUUAUGAAAGGAGAAUUAUUAUUGUUAUUAUCAUUUAUAUUUGUAUGAGCAAAACAAAUAGUGAAAUGUCAGUAUUUGGUGUGACACGACAUUGUCAAACAAUCGCCGGUCAUUAUCAGGGUACCCGAGGGGCGUCAUGUCCAAUAGUUUAGUUCCCUUGUUAUUUCGAUCAGUACAGUAAACUACGGUUAUAACGAACUCAAAGGGACCACUCAUUUUAGUUCGUUAUAACCGUAGUUCGUUAUAAGCAUGUAUAUACAGCAUAUAUACAACAAAUGGCCGGGACUAAAAAAUAAGUUCGUUAUGUCGGUCAGAUCGUUAUUAGCGUGUUCGUUAUAACCGUAGUUUACUGUAUAUACAGUGGGACCCGUUAGUUCGAGAUCCCACCUUCCUAACCCGGUGGUAUCAAGUUGUAUUGAUGCAUUAACAGGAAAUAAACCCCCAUGAACCGUUAACUUCGCAUGUAUCAAACUUGUAAUGAGAGCAUCCCUACAUUAUCGAGACAGUAACCAAAUGAGAUUUGGGAGUACCGUUAUCGUUAUCGUCUUUAAGCCAAACACUCUCAUAUGUUGAUACGAUGCAGAGGUACGAUGAAAUAUAAUUAUGGCUUCACCUUGAAACCUCAAAAAUACUAAAACUCAUCACAAACUGAGGUGCAUUUAGCAAGCAAACUUCGAGUCGAGAGAACGGCUUCUACCAGUACCCAAUCCCCUUGGUACAUGGUAGGAGAAGGUACUUGUUAGCUUAUUAUAUAAAGCGGAAUUAUGGGGGAUUACCUUAAUUUACUGACACAUUAUUAACAUUUUACACUUCUCAUAUCAUUAGUAAUGGUUUAAUGACGGCUUUGUACAACGCAUUCUUGUGAAUCAUGAAGUGAUUAAGGAACCAGUAGGGCUCUUAUCAACCCUAUUUGUUUAUGGUGCGUGGAUACUACUGUUGGGAAGCCAUCGCGGACGGUGGGGUAGCUUAGUGGUUAAAACGUUCGCUCGUCACACUAAAGGCCGCUUUUGAUUGGCGAUAUUUCUGAAAUACUGCUGAAAGCGACGUAGAAACGUACUCGCUCACUUCCUUCGACUGGUUCCCUCACAUGGUUACACAGUGUGAAGCCCAUUUCUGGUGACCCCCUCCGUGAUAUUGCUGGAAUGUCGCUAGCAGCGACGUGGAAACGUACUCACUUACUUACUCCCAUCAAAUUGUUUCCCCACGUGGGUAUAAUGUGUGAAGCCCAUUUCCGAUUUUGCUGGAAUACUGCUGACAGCGGCGUAAAACCGCACUCACUCACUCACUCACUCACAUGACACGUUAAUUGUGAAGAGUAUCAAUCCAGACGAAUUUUGCAUAAUCGCACCCUCCGGAUUAAUAGAGAAUGUUGAGGAUGUUGUUAAACGCCGUAGCAAGAUUCCACUUAUAUCAAGUCAACAUGUUAAUAAUGGAAAAUGGGUCCGACAAACUAGUGACUUAUAAUAUAAUCGACGUUCCACGACUUUGUCUCCCCGUAUAAAUAUAACCGCCCCUAACCCAACCCCUCCACUGUGUCUGGUUAAGCGGGCUUGAACUGUAUUGAUCUCAUCAGGGCUUUCACGUUGAUGGUCCACUAUCCACAUGAAAUUAUCCUUGGAACAUAGGCAUCUUUAUAGGAAAUGUCCAGGAGUGAUGAUAGAUAAGUACUUUCUCUGAACGCUGAGUGUCCUAUGCUUACAUAUUGUCGACACUAACAUGUGCGUUAUUCCAGAAAUAAUAAGAAAUAUGUCUUAAUUAUUUUCUUAUAGUGUUUGCUCCCAUACAGUAAAAGCUAACAUUGUAUUUUAUGACAGUAUGUAACCAGGUUCGGUCUGUUUUGUACUGCAUUUACUUGUGUAAAUAACACCAAGUCUUUUUUACGCUCAACUUGUUAUGAAAUAAAAUUAAUUUGACAUUGA